CUUGGGCAUCCAUUUAACAAAGAUUUCGAGAACAUAUUUGUAGGACGUUAUGACAACCAGCUCAGCUCAAUAGCUGAAUUAAGGGUGAAAUAACUUUCUUGUCAGAAUUAAUAUUUGCCAUUUACCUUAGUUUCCCUUACUAGUAGCGCAGCGGAGUGUUCCAAAUUGUAUCUUGGUGGCUACUCCCCUAUUACUCGUAGCAACAUCGAAAAUUCACCAUGAAGUAUCGUUAUGCAAUGGUUUGCUCCUCCAACCAGAAUCGAAGCAUGGAGGCUCACUCCAUCCUUAAAAGCAAGGGUUUCAACGUUUCAUCCUAUGGAACUGGGGCUCACGUGAAGCUUCCUGGACCUUCUCUCCGAGAACCCAAUGUAUACGAUUUUGGUACCCCCUACAAGCACAUGUUCGAUGAUCUACGUCGAAAGGAUCCUGAACUAUACAAGCGUAACGGCAUUCUGCCCAUGCUUAAAAGAAAUGCAGCUGUCAAAACUGCUCCUCAACGUUGGCAAGAUAAUGCAGCAGAUGGUUCCUUUGACGUAGUAUUUACUUUUGAAGAGAAGGUCUUUGAUAUGGUUAUUGAAGAUUUGAACACCCGUGAUCAUGCAAUGAUGAAAACUGUACUGAUUGUUAAUUUGGAGGUAAAAGAUAACCACGAGGAGGCAGCCAUAGGAGCGCGACUUACUUUUGAUCUUUGCCAGGAGAUUGAACGGACUGAAUCAUGGGAAGAUUCUAUAGAUGACAUCGUGAUUAACUUCGAAAAACAGCUGAGAAGAAAACUGUUGUAUAGCAUUUCCUUUUACUGAGGACAAUAUCCGGGAGUACAUGGAGUCUGCGUACAUCGAAUCUUCCGUAUUCAAGUGUGAUUUUAUGAAAAUUUUGAGUGAACAAGUCUCUUCUUAGUACUUUUAUAUUAACAUGACAAUACAAAGAUUUGACUUUCAACUUGAGAGAAAGAAUAAAGGGCAAUUACUACGUAGUUUUAUUCAA